CAGGUUGGGCAGAACCUCCUGGAGGCCCACGCCGAGCUCAUGAUGAUGGAGCACCUUCGAGAUGACAUCCUCUCCCAGCUUCACCUCCGCGGGCUCUCCAGCGCCCAGGCAACUGUGCUCUCCUACUUUGGGGGCCUCCAAGAGCUCAACGAGAUGCGGCUGGUGCACGAGGACCCAGUUCUCUUUGUCACCGCUGUAAGGAUCAUCGAGCGGGAGGAGAAAAUCGACGAUACUCUGCUCCUGGAGGCCACUUUCCUGCCCCCCGGCCGCCCAAAGGGCUGGAGGCAGAAGUUUUACCACGUUCUCCGGGAGACCAUCAGAGGAGCUGGGCCAGGGCUGGCCAAGCACCUGGCGGCGCUGCAGAAGGACAUCGUGGCUGAGCUGCGCGUGGUGAAGGACCUGAUGGUCCAGUGCGUCCCGGCUCACUACGACAUCCUCGGCGUCUGCACGGCCAGCGUGCUCGAGUGGAUGCAGAGGACCCUGGAGGUGGAGUUCAAAGAGUGGUUCAGGGAAGAGGAACCCGAGACGGACCAUCAGGGCUUCUUCCAGUCAGCCCUGCCCGUCAUUGUCAUGCAGAUGCUGAAUGAGAAUAUCCAGGUGGCCUCCUUGAUCACGGACUCCCUGCAGCAGAAGGUUUACGACAUGGCCUUGGAGGAGCUCGAGGCAUUUCUGGGACGUCUGCGGGAAGCCCUGGCGCAAUGCGGGAGGGAGCACCAGAAGGACCGUUCCACACCCAAGUACUACAUCUCCUACCUCCUGGCCAUGCUCAACAACAACCUGGCUCUCAGCUCCUCUGUCUCCUCCCUGCACCCCGACAUCGCCCGCAGAGAAGUCCCUGCAUCCCUCCGGGAUGCUCUAGACAGGACGCAGAAGAAAGCCUGCCAGCUGCGGCUCGAGGAGCGCGACGCGGGGCACCGUACGCCGCUCCUCUGCUUCUUUCAGCCCCUCUGCCUGCAGCUGCCUUCCCGCAAGUGGCUCUCCGGGUCCCAGCUCGUCGGCAGCAUGUGCGAAGUGAUCGACAAGUACGCGAAGGACUUCUCCCGCGUCAGGAAACCCAUCUUCACGCUCCUGCUGACAGAGAGCGAGCUCCUGGUGACGAGCCAGUACCUGCAGGCGCUCAUGCAGAAGAAGAUGGUGUGCAAGAGCGAGGAGAAGAGGGACCAGCUCUGCGACCGCCUGCUGCAGGACGCCGCGCAGCUCCGGGAGCUCUUCUGCGGUCUGGUGAGCCGGGGUUGGGCCACGGGAGGGGAAAAUCGCGCAGUGAUGUCGGCGCAAGGAGCUUUGUAGCUCCCCUCCGCCACUGGCGGCCCCCUCCCGACACUACUCAGCCUGGAGGUGCUGGGCUUCAUCACCAAGUACCCCGACGUCAGCGAUGAGCACGUCUCCACCUUGCUGGAUCUCCGAGGCGACGUCUCCAGGGAGGUGCGGCACAUGGUGCUGGAAAUGAUGGCCCAGCACCCCCAGGUCGUGCCCGAGAGCUACCGCCCCAUCUUCAGCACCAUCCUGGUCCCCGCGCCGGAGCUGCCCCACUGCCUCGGCAAAGCCAAGUGUGCCUGA